AGAGGCGGGCGGGGACGCCAGCCUGGUCACUGCGCCCCCCGGCGGUGCCCGCUUCCAGAGCCUUCGGCCGGGCUGCUCUCCGCCCCCCGUUCAGGUCUCCUCGGGCGGAAUUGGCGGUGAGGGUCCCGUCCUUACAGUCUCCGUCCCCACCCCACCCGUUCCGGGGCGAACAAAGGGCUCGAAGUUGAGAGGAGGGGAAGGUUUGGGACGGGAGCAGGGGCCGUAGCUGGGGAGUGGCCCAAACUGGAGUUGCGGCUGAAUUCUAGAACUUGGGGCGUUUGGAAGAAAGAGGCGGAAUCGGAGCUUGGAUACGGCUGGGGGAUUCGAACGCGCAACUCUGGGAGCCGGGGAGAUUCGAAUCCAGGAUUCCAAAGUUUAGUUUUGAAACAGCUUAGGCUGGGAGCAGUGGCUCACUACAGUAAUCCCGACACUUUGGGAGGGCGAGAAGGGAGGAUCGCUUGAGCCCAGGAGUUCGAGACCAGCCUGGGUCAUAGUGAGACCCCCCCCCCCGCCCCCACUCCUCUACAAAAAAAUACAAAAGUUGGCCAGGCGUGGUGGCGCGCGCCUGUGGUCCAGCUACUCGUAAUCAGAGAGCUGCAAGUUACAACAGUGUGAUACUAUCCUUUCAGGAAGUGACUAAUACUAACUCAUCAGCCAGGCCCCUGCUCAGAUGUCCCUUCCUCCAGGAAGCCCUUCCGGACUCCGGGGCUGAGUCAGGCGCUCCCCCUGACCCCCAUCCCACGGCUCUCCCGGGAUCUCCCAUCCCAGACCUGCCCAUUCUGGGUCAUCACUGGGAACGUGUCUGUGUCCCUUACUGAACGUAAGCUCCGGGAGGACAACACGGGGCUGUCGUUGGUCACUGCUGUGUCACCAGCACGGACUCGCACAGGACCGGGAAGAGAGGAAGCGCGUGGGGGGAAUAGGUGUGGAAUAAAUGAAUGAAUGAGGAAACUGAGGCCAAGUCAAUGUCUGAGUUGGAUUCAAACUUAAGUCUCUCCUUACUGAGAGGAGGGACCAAGUUGGAUCUCCUGCGAUCUGUUCUCCACUGAGCCCUGCCAGGAUUCCGGACACACAGAAGCGCUCACUAAGGGCUUUGGAACUGAACAGUUUGGGAGCCAGAUCCUCUGAGGCCACAUCUCUCUCCUCCCACGACCUCCGCGGUCCUCCAGGACCAUAGAGAGUUGUACAGAGAUCGCCCUGCUCUAUGCUCUACUCUCCUGGGGAGCGGGGCCAGAGAGGCCGGAAGUGCGGCGAGCCCUGGGCCGCGCUGGCCGUGCUGGCGGUGGGCCGCCUCGAUCCCUCUGCAGUCUUUCCCUUGAGGCUCCAAGACCAGCAGGCUCCAGAUGGACCCUGGGAAGGACAAAGAGGGGGUGCCCCAGCCCUCAGGGCCGCCAGCAAGGAAGAAAUUUGUGAUACCCCUCGACGAGGAUGAGGUCCCUCCUGGAGUGGCCAAGCCCUUAUUCAGAUCCACACAGAGCCUUCCUACUGUGGACACCUCGGCCCAGGCGGCCUCUCAGACCUACGCCGAAUAUGCCAUCUCACAGCCUCCGGGAGGGGCUGGGGCCACGUGCCCCACAGGGUCAGAGCCCCUGGCAGGAGAGACCCCCAACCAGGCCCUGAAACCCGGGGCAAAAUCCAACAGCAUCAUUGUGAGCCCUCGGCAGAGGGGCAAUCCCGUACUGAAGUUCGUGCGAAACGUGCCCUGGGAAUUUGGCGACGUAAUCCCCGACUAUGUGCUGGGCCAGAGCACCUGUGCUCUGUUCCUCAGCCUCCGCUACCACAACCUGCACCCAGACUAUAUCCAUGGGCGGCUGCAGAGCCUGGGGAAGAACUUCGCCUUGCGGGUCCUGCUCGUCCAGGUGGAUGUGAAAGAUCCCCAGCAGGCCCUCAAGGAGCUGGCUAAGAUGUGUAUCCUGGCCGACUGCACACUGAUCCUCGCCUGGAGCCCCGAGGAAGCUGGGCGGUACCUGGAGACCUACAAGGCCUAUGAGCAGAAACCAGCGGACCUCCUGAUGGAGAAGCUAGAGCAGGACUUCGUCUCCCGGGUGACUGAAUGUCUGACCACCGUGAAGUCAGUCAACAAAACGGACAGUCAGACCCUCCUGACCACGUUUGGAUCUCUGGAACAGCUCAUCGCUGCAUCGAGAGAAGAUCUGGCCUUAUGCCCAGGCCUGGGCCCUCAGAAGGCCCGGAGGCUGUUUGAUGUCCUGCACGAGCCCUUCUUGAAAGUACCCUGAUGACCCCAGCUGCCAAGGAGACCCCCGGUGUAAUAAUAAAGCGUCCUCCCAGGCCAGGCUC